AUGGGUAAAAACAACAAGGCAAGCAAAGCGAAGAAGGAGAAACAGAAGAAUGCUGCAGCGGAUAAAGCUGCUGCUGCCGCCCCUGCUCAGCCCGGCCAGGCAUCCGGUGCCGAAGCCAGCAAGGAUGGGCCGGAAUUUAUUGAUCACCGGAUUAAGAUCUACGACGAGCUGAUGGCACAGUACAAGGAAGAGCUUGAGAAGAAAGAGAAAACUCCCAUUAAGGUAACGCUACCGGACGGCAAGCAGGUCGAGGGUUUGAGUUGGCAAACGACGCCAUACGACGUGGCACGCGGUAUCAGCCAAGGACUGGCCGACAAUACCGUGAUUGCGCGCGUAAACAACGAACUGUGGGAUUUGGACCGUCCGCUGGAGGGAGACUGCAAGUUGCAGCUAUUGAAGUUUGAUGAUCCCGACGCACAAGCCGUUUUCUGGCACAGCUCGGCUCACAUCCUUGGAGAAGCGAUGGAAAAGCGGUACGGUGGACAUCUGUGCUAUGGACCACCGAUUGAUAACGGUUUCUACUACGAUAUGUUCCUGGAAGGUAGUGGAAUUUCCAACCAGGAUUACGGUGCACUGGAGCAGGAGGUAAAGCGUAUCGUAAAGGAGAAGCAACCGUUCGAGCGGCUUGUGAUGAAGAAAGCCGACCUUUUGCGGAUGUUCGAGUACAAUCAGUUUAAGGUGCGCAUUUUAAACGAGAAGGUUACGACGGAUACCACUACGGUUUAUCGGUGCGGACCGCUAAUUGAUUUGUGUCGUGGACCACACGUACGCAAUACGGGCAAGGUGAAGGCACUGAAGGUGGUGAAAAAUUCGGCCACCUAUUGGGAGGGUAAGGCGGAUGCGGAAACACUGCAGCGCGUGUACGGUAUUUCGUUUCCGGACCCGAAGCAGCUCAAGGAAUGGGAAAAGAUACAGGAAGAAGCGGCCAAGCGUGACCAUCGGAAGUUGGGUAAGGAGCAGGAGCUGUUCUUUUUCCAUGAACUCUCGCCCGGUUCGUGCUUUUUCCAGCCUAAAGGUGCCCAUAUCUACAACACGUUGAUGGGAUUCAUUCGUAGCGAGUAUCGCAAGCGUGGCUUCCAGGAGGUCAUAUCGCCGAACAUCUACAAUGCGAAGCUGUGGCAAACGUCCGGCCACUGGCAGCAUUACGCGGAGAAUAUGUUUUCGUUCGAGAGCGAGAAGGAAACGUUCGCCCUGAAGCCGAUGAACUGCCCGGGACAUUGUUUGAUGUUUGACCAUCGUAAUCGGUCGUGGCGUGAGUUGCCGCUGCGGAUGGCCGAUUUCGGUGUGCUGCAUCGUAACGAGCUGUCCGGUGCGCUGACCGGAUUGACACGUGUCCGUCGGUUCCAGCAAGAUGAUGCCCAUAUCUUCUGUAUGCCAGAUCAAAUUCGUGAGGAAAUUACUGGCUGUUUGGACUUUUUGCGACACGUGUACACGAUUUUUGGAUUCACGUUCAAUCUGGUACUGUCUACCCGGCCCGAAAAAUAUCUCGGUGAGAUUGAGGUUUGGAAUGAGGCGGAAAAAGCGUUGGCCGAUUCGCUCGAUAAGUUCGGUGAGCCAUGGAAAGAGAAUCCUGGCGAUGGUGCGUUCUACGGUCCGAAGAUUGAUAUUACGAUUAUGGAUGCACUUAAGCGCAAUCAUCAGUGUGCUACGAUUCAGCUCGAUUUCCAACUGCCGAUCCGGUUCAAUUUGAACUACAUCGACGAUAAUGGGGAAAAGAAGCGUCCGGUCAUCAUUCAUCGGGCGGUGCUCGGUUCGGUAGAACGUAUGAUUGCAAUUUUGACGGAAAAUUAUGCUGGCAAGUGGCCGUUCUGGUUGUCCCCGAGGCAGGUAAUGGUGGUACCGGUCGGACCGGCGUACGAUGAUUAUGCGGAUACGGUUCGCCAACGGUUGCACGAGGCAGGAUUCAUGGUGGAGGCUGAUCUAGAUGCGGGCGAUACGAUGAACAAGAAAAUCCGCAACGCACAGCUGGCACAGUUUAACUUCAUCUUGGUGGUCGGUGAGAAGGAACGAAGCUCGGAAACGGUAAACGUGCGCACCCGAGACAACAAGGUGCAUGGCGAGGUAACGGUGAACGAUCUGCUGGCGAAACUUUCCAAGCUGCGCGAUGAGUAUGCUCGCGGCGAAGAUCAGUUUUAA